AUGGUCACUCUUUACUCCGCACUUCGCAACCUGCCUGCGGCGGUGCUCGUUCUUGCCGCCGUCUCCGAAGCUCAAAAUGUUGGUCAAUGGGGACCGAUGGUCAAGUUUCCUGUUGUCCCCGUCGCCGUGGCUUUGCUUCCCGAGACAGGAAACAUGCUGGUCUGGUCCAGCGGUUGGCCUAACCGCUGGACGACCGCUGGGAAUGGAAAGACUUACACGUCGAUCUAUGAUGUCAAAACCGGGAAGGUCAGCGACGCUCUCAUUCAGAACACGCAGCACGACAUGUUCUGUCCCGGCACCUCCAUGGACGAAAACGGGCGCAUCAUAGUUACCGGAGGUUCUAGUGCCUCAAAGACCAGUGUCCUUGACUUCAAGAAGGGCGAAUUCUCUUCGUGGACUCCGUUGUCCAACAUGCAGAUUUCCAGGGGAUAUCAGUCGAGCUGCACCACUUCCGAAGGCAAGAUCUUCGUGAUUGGCGGCUCCUUCUCUGGAGCCGGCAGACGGGAUGGCGAGGUGUACGACCCCAAGGCCAACACUUGGACGAAGCUGGCCGGGUGCCCGGUCAAGCCUCUGGUCAUGCAGCGAGGCUUGUUCCCCGACAGCCAUGCCUGGUUGUGGUCUUGGAAGAAUGGAACCGUACUCCAUGCUGGUCCGGCCAAGCAGAUGAACUGGUACUACACCAAGGGCACCGGCGCGAACACGCCCGCCGGCUUGCGAGGUACCGAUGACGACUCUAUGUGUGGUGUCUCCGUCAUGUACGACGCGGUGGCAGGAAAGAUCUUCACCUACGGUGGUGGCAAGGCCUAUACCGGCGUCGCGUCGAGCAGCAACGCACACAUCCUGACCCUCGGCGAGCCCGGCCAAGCGGUCCAGGUCCAGAAGUUGCAGAAUGGCAAGUUCAACCGCGGCUUUGCCAACGCGGUCGUCAUGCCGGACGGCAAGAUCUGGGUCGUGGGCGGGAUGCGGCAGAUGCAGCUCUUUUCGGACAGCACUCCCCAGCUCACCCCGGAGCUGUUCGACCCCGCCACGGGCGUCUUUACUCCGACGACGCCGCACACUGUUCCCCGCAACUACCACUCCACGGCGCUGUUGAUGGCGGAUGCCACGAUCUGGUCCGGCGGCGGCGGUCUCUGCGGCGCCAACUGCAAGGAGAACCACUUCGACGGGCAGUUCUGGUCGCCGCCGUACCUGUUCGAAGCCGACGGCAAGACCCCGGCCAAGCGACCGGUUAUCCAAGACCUUUCGGAAACCACCGUGAAGGCCGGAGCCCCCAUCACGGUCACCAUGCAGGAUGCCGGCGCGUACACCUUCAGCAUGAUCCGCGUCAGCGCGACCACCCACACUGUCAACACAGACCAGCGGCGCAUCCCUCUCGAUGGACAGGACGGUGGCGACGGCCAGGCGUUUACUGUCAAUGUCCCGGACGACUACGGCGUGGCCGUCCCCGGGUACUACAUGCUUUUCGCCAUGAACGAGGCCGGAGUGCCCUGUGUGGCCAAGUUCUUCAAGGUUUCUCUCUGA